GACAUAUUCGUGCGCCGGAAAUGAGUCCUCUGCUGAAGCCCACUGAAUGCUGAUGUGUUUCAAGAAACUACACCACAGGGAGACACCGGAGUUGGAUUUUUGAUGCGGUAACGUAACAAGCAGAGGAAACGGCUGUGAGUGCGAGGUCCAUGACAGAGAAAACACCGUGGAAGACACCUCUGGCAGCGGGACACGGAGCCAAUGGCGCCCAAAGGAAAAGUUGGCACAAAGGGGAAGAAGCAGAUCUACGAGGAGAACGAGGCCACGCUGAAGUUCUACACGAGAGUCAUCCUUGGAGCUAAUGUCAUCUACGCUGCCGUCAACUUCUUGGUCUUCUACAGCUCGUCCACGUUUUGGACGUGGCUGCUGCUGAUGUUUGCGCUGGCCGUUUAUGUGGGAAGCUACCGCUCCAUGUCGGCCAUGGCCAAGCCGGCGUUUGCCGAGGACGGGAGUCUCCUGGACGGGGGAAUAGACCUGAACAUGGAGCAGGGGAUGGCAGAACACCUGAAGGACGUCAUCCUGCUCACCGCAAUAGUCCAAGUGCUCAGCACCAUCUCCUCUUAUUUCUGGUAUCUCUGGUUGCUGGCCCCGUUCCGCGCCCUCCACCUGCUGUGGGUCAACUUCCUGGGCCCGUGGUUCAUGGCGGAGAGCCCGUCGGCGCCAGAGGAAGUGAACGAGAAGAAGCAGAGGCGGCAGGAGCGCAGACAGGCGAAGAGAUUCUGACGCCGCCCGGCCGACUGAGAAGUAUUUUUAUACACAGAAUCUAAUUUACGGAGAGCGAGAAAGUCGUAAGUUAUUCAGGCAGAACUUUGGUUACCAAGUUCAACUCGGCCGAAAUCAGAUAUUGAGGACUCUUGUUAUCCAUGUUGAUUUGCUGUCUGCUUUCUCCUGUUAUAUGAUUUUCUCCCCCAAAUGAUGAAAUGUUCUGUUCACAUAAUGUCAGCGUCCAGAUAUCGUUUGUCUGCGUGAAGAGAUUUAAGAGUUUCGGUGCCAUCACACUGCCGCCCUGCAGAGGUCCUCAAAUCACCUACCGCCACCCAAUCAGUGAAAUUAGACGGUUUAAAGUCAUUGAACCGUUCUAAUAGCCACAUUUUUAUCUUUUAUUCGGGUCUCAUCAUUAUUUUAUGGCAUAUGCUGUCAUUUAAAAAUCAAGCGACUUCGUUUUGAAGCCUUUGGGUCUGAAUAGAAGGUUUUAAUAGAAAAAUGGGAACAAUUUUGCAAUAAAGAUCUUCCUCCGGUGUGCUGAUGCCUUCAUAAAAGAUGUUUUUUUUUCAGGAAAACCCUCAAUCCAGACCACGUCCACACACACACACACACACACACACAAAUGUCAUCAUUUG